GGUGACGCUGACGCAUACACGGUGCCCGAGCAACACCGUUCGCGCCGGUGGUGGUCCCCGAGUCGGCCCGGUGGUCCCCGUGGAACCGAUCGCUCGCGAAUCGAACUCGCGAGUCGCCGCCGAGUCAUCCGGGUUGCCGCAAGUGAGAAGCGGUGAAGGUACCACGAUAACGUAAAGAAGGAAACGUUCUUAGACGGUUCGAAGUAAGAUUCGAGAUAAGGUCCUUUCGGUUCAGCAAGUGCACCACUGUGAAUGAUAACGAACGAGAUUAGCUUCCUUCUGAAGGAGGAAAACCUCAAGCUUUGUGAGGAUCGGCUGGGAAUUUGGCGGAGUGAAGUUUCCACGAAGAAACUGAAGAAAAAUAUAUAAUUAAGACGAAAAGGAAGAGGAAACGUUUGAUGGAUGACGAGUUAACGAGUUGACAUCAAAUCAGAUCUAUAUCAGUCGACUAUUACAGAGAAAACUGUAAAACUCCGCUCGCGAGUUAAUUGUUUAAUAAUUGGACAACCAAUAGAAGAGUUCGUGACUUUGAAACAACGUUGCUGGAUAAUCCUCAGUCUGACGUCACAUCGUGACUGUAAUCAUUUUUCAAGAGAGGACGUAGGCGUGGACGCACUGACGAGAAAGAUCAUUGUUAAAUCAAAAAUUUUCGUCAUAUCUUUCAGUUAACAAAAAUCUACAGAUUUCCAUCUUGCUCUUUGAUUACCCGUUUCAAACUUAUGGCUGGUUUGAGCUAAGAGCAGCUAACGAGCGGCCUUCGAGGUCGGAUUGAGGCCGAAUGGAAUCUCUGGACCACAGUUUCGACACCUUCGGCACGGCCGGCAUAAUGGACGGCACGAACACGUGGUUGCCGCGCAUCACGAGCAACGGCACGCACACCGCCAUCGUCGACGAGGAAUUGUCAAGAUUCCCGAAGUCUUUGAGGAUUUUCGCAGCGAUAGUGGCGAUCAUCAUCAUGCUUAUUGGUCUAGCCGGUAAUCUACUGACUAUCGUUGCUUUAUGUAAAUACCCCAAAGUUCGCAACGUUGCGGCGGCCUUCAUCAUAAGCUUGUGUAUCGCGGACUUCGUGUUCUGUCUGCUGGUGCUGCCGUUCGACUCCAUCAGGUUCAUCAACGCCAGCUGGGCGGACGUACGAUUCUUUUGCAUCUUCGUGCCUUUUUUGCGGUACGGUAACGUCGGCGUCAGCCUUUUGUCUGUCGCGGCAAUCACUAUCAAUAGAUAUAUUAUGAUAGCGCACCACGCUAUUUACAGUAGAGUUUACACAAAAUACUGGAUAGCCACGAUGAUAGUCUUUUGCUGGCUGUUCUCUUAUGGGAUGCAAAUACCUACGCUGGCGGGAGUGUGGGGUAAAUUCGACUAUGAUCCUAAUUUGGAGACCUGCUCCAUCAUCAAAGACCGUCACGGUCGCACUUCGAAGACAUUUCUCUUCGUCAUGGGAUUCCUGAUACCCUGCGUGGUGAUCGUCGGCUGUUACGCCAAGAUAUUCUGGGUGGUACACAAAUCAGAAUCGCGAAUGCGAAAGCACGCCGCACCGACGAUAAAGUCACCUCACACACCCGGAAGGGACAUCAGGGAGCUAAAGCAGAAGCGCAGCGAGUGGAGGAUCACGAAGAUGGUACUGGUCAUCUUUCUCAGUUUCCUCGCGUGUUACUUACCGAUCACCAUCGUCAAGGUGGCCGACGCGGAAGUCAGAUGUCCCGAGUGUCACAUUCUGGGAUACCUGUUGCUGUACUUCGCGUCGUGCGUGAACCCGAUCAUCUACGUGAUCAUGAACAAGCAGUACAGGCAGGCGUACGCCGGCGUGAUCGGCUGCUCGUGGCUAAGGGCGAGCCUAACACCGUACGGCAGCAGUGCGCCGGGUGGUGCCGGCGGUCCUCAGGCCAUUCAGCAUGACUACGCCCAAGGUAACUUCGAGCGACGACACGCGGUAACGCUCACCAAACUCUGACCGAGCGCGCGAGCUAAGCGACCACUCGCGCUCACUUCACUACUCGAAGGACUUCAGUAAAACGAUGGUGUCGACGGUCUCUAUCGCUAUGAAUCCUGUGAGAAGCUCGCAAAUCCAGGAGGAGCUGUGAAGCCGAUGUCGAGAAAAAACGAAAAGAGAAGAGAUGUCUCUUAUGAGAAAAGAAGAAAUGGAAGAGGAAGAAGAAAAAGAAGAAGAAAGAAAUUGCUCCUGAUAACAGUGCAACGGUUAUCGAGCUAGUUUGCAUAAUUUGUUACCUCAGCUAAUGAAAAGAUAAAGUGCUUUAUGAAUUAUUUCUUCGUAAAAAAGGCGAAAUAAUACUACAAUAUCACGUACAUAUGUUGCGUAUGCAUUUAAAUGCGCGGAAUAAACAGAAAAUUAUUCUCCGUCUGAUAAUGACUUUUACCAAAGAUUGUCAUGUGUCAAUGUAUUUUAUAAUGAAAUACAAACUUUGCAUUGUCUUUUAUUUAUAUACGAUUAGUAUAUAUAAUUCUUGAACAAGAAUUAUGAUAAAAAUAGACUGUUGUAAUAUAGUUUACAUUACAUUAAAAAUUAUACUCAUAAAAUUUCAUUGUACAAAAUCAUCUCUCCUAUCAAUCUAAAUUACGUAAUAAGUCUCUUGUCUAAUCAUAAGCCUCAAAUAUGUUUUCAAAAUGCAUUAUUAAAUUGCCAAGUAAAACGUUUUUGAUUAAUCAAUCGGAACAAAGAAUUUUAUAAAUUGACCGAUCAAAAAAUGUUUCGCGUGACCCGUUGGACCGUAGCCAGUAUAAAGUACGGAUCUCGAUGGCGUUGAAAUAUUUCGAUAAAUCGAUACGGCGAUAAAUCGAUUGAGAACUAUGUUCAGAAUAUCUAAUCUACAAUAUAGGCUUUGCCUAUUUAUGUCUAUUUGCCUAUAAUGCCGAUUUGUAUGUAUAUACGUGUUAUGUCCUUCUUCGAAGGGCCGUCUAGAGUAAGCUUGGGGUAAGAAAUAAAAAUAAGUAUAAAGCUA